AAGGGGCGGGUUCAAUCGUUGUACGCUUUAAGGCGCGCUUUUUCUGCGCACAGCACCUGUGUGGAAGCUAAAUGCUAAAGUAGCCUUUGCGUUCGGCCUCUCUGCUGCUUCACAAUAGACGGGAUACAAGCCUGCCGUUAAGUGCCCGAAAAACGCUCCUUUUUACUGUCCGUACGGGAAGUAUCGAAGGCCUGUGUCAGCGUGUUGCUAGGCUCCGGACUGUGCCAUGGGCAAAAAGUCUCGCGACGAAGAAUCCUCAUCCUCUGAAGAGGAAGAAUAUGUUGUGGAGAAGGUGCUGGAUCGGAGGGUGGUGAAAGGAAGAGUGGAGUUUUUCCUUAAAUGGAAAGGAUACUCAGACAAGCACAACACAUGGGAGCCAGAAAAGAAUCUGGACUGUCCUGAGCUGAUAGCAGAGUUUAUGAAGACCUACAAGAAAGGCAAUAGUGGGACUUCUGCACCAAGCAGCGGGGCCAGCAAAUCUACAACUGGUUCUUCAGGGCGUUCAAAAGAAUCCAGCAGCUCCAAGAAGAGGAGCUCUGAUGAUGAUGAAGAGGGCAGUAGCAAGCCCAAGAAAAAGAAAGAGGAUGAAAUCCUAGUGGCACGUGGGUUUGAGAGGGGCCUUGAGCCGGAGAAGAUCAUCGGAGCAACUGACUCGUGUGGAGACUUGAUGUUUCUCAUGAAGUGGAAAGAUUCCGAUGAGGCGGAUCUUGUACUUGCCAAGGAGGCCAAUCAUAAGUGUCCACAGAUCGUCAUAGCCUUCUACGAAGAGCGUCUCACCUGGCACGAAGACAGCGACAAGAAGGAGAAGGAUGCUGUCACCGCAUGAGUGCCUCGACUCAAGAGGAACACUCCACUGCAGGGACAACCUUGAGUCAGACUUUAUUUUUUUUUUUGUAGUUUUUUUUUUUUUUUUUCUCAAACACCUGAAAUCUCCCCCCAUCUUUCACCUAUACCAUGUCAACUGACACGAAGAUGACAGACAUGGUUGUCGUUUCCUCUAUCCAUGCCCUGAUCAGAGCGCAAUGGCCGCAGACUGCUGGGGUGGGGGUACAUCCAAAAAGGAGCUGCAGUGGCUGUGGGUGAUGUGCUACAGGGGGAAAGAGUCACUGUCUUUGUCUUUAUAUCGAUUUAACUUUUUUUUAUUAUCCUAGCAUAUGUUCUUAGGACUAAAAAGGAUGCGAUUAUAGCAGAAAGAAAUUUAAAUUUUAAGAUGUAAUAAACAUAUUAAUUUUGAGAAGCGGGGUGCAUACUGUAUUACCAUGGCAUCCUGUUCUAAAUUUUAAAUCACUGAUCUGCGUCUCCCCAUAGUAAAACCACAAUAGCGUUUGUAUUUGUGAAGCAGCUGCAUCAGUAUUUUCUUGACUGCUUCAUCGCAUCCUUUUAAGAACUAUUUUUAAUCAUGUAGGACUGCUUAUCACUUUUAAAAGCUGUUUUUAAUCGUAUAGUUUUGUUUUUCAUGUUUACCAAAAUAUUCUGAGUUUUAAACGACUCUCUUCACUGCAUAGUGGCUUUUGUAUUUUCUUUUGUUCCCGGUUAUCCUCAUAUGUUGUAAUUUUUAAAAAACGUCACAUGAUUGUGAUGAAGUACAAUAAAACAUUUUACUCUGUCUUUACAUUUUAUUUUUUCUUCUUGCUGUAGUCUGAGAUUAUUCAGAACAUUUCACAGGUUGAUAUCCACAAGUCUUGGGUGGGGGGGAAAAAAUUCCUGGCCCCUAUUAGUUUGCCACCUAGUGGCAGCUAAAUUUAAUUACAGAGUUCAACAAUAAGAAACCUAAUUUUUGCAUUUAUGAUGAAACGUGUCAAAGUUGAGAAAAUGUGGAUGUUGAUGGCAAUGUCUGUGGUUUAUAAUUGGUCAUUUAAACUCAACAGUUAAAAUCUUAUGGGUGCUUAGACACACUUUUUAAUGUACACAUCAUUGAUGUGGUUUGGUUUUCACUUUGGACCAAAUCUUUAGCCAAUUCCAAGUUCCCCCUGAGAAAGGGGUGAUGGUAUUUCUUUUUAUACCAAUAGUUCAUUGUAUAACUUUUUUUCCCCUCUUGAUCAGAAAUGUUUUUGCCAUUUUUUUUUUUUCCAAU